AUGAAGUUGCCGAGCUUCGGCUGCGACCGCAUUGUCUGGGAGGAUGAGUUCGACGAGCCAGUGCGGCGGGAGCCGUACAGCGCAUGGAAGCCCACGAGCUACACCAACCGCAUUGAGGAGCGCGAGAAGGCCCGCGUGCAGGCCCUUCGCGCGGCGCAGCAGGCGCGCGCCAAGGGCGCCCUCGACGAAGCGCGGGAUCGGCUGCGUGCCGCGCGCGAGAGCGCCCAGCUGCGCGGCGCCGUGCAAGGCCCCGCGGAGCACCCUGCCUCCCCGGUGCCUGCUGCGCCGCCGCAGGCAGCUGCUGCGACGAUGGGCCCCCCACCCGGUCCCGGAAUGGCGGGUCCUGCGGUGGGCGAGGGACCUGCCCGUCCGGAAGCGACGGGCGGAGGAACAGGCGGCGGGGGGGUGUCGUUCGCGCAAAAGAUGAUGCAGAAGAUGGGCUGGAAGGAGGGACAGGGGCUCGGACGCAACCGGCAGGGCAUCACGGCGCCGCUGAUGAUGCAGAAGACGGGCGUCGUGCACGGGGUCGUCACUGUCGGCGACGACACGGACCGAGCGCGGGGCAGCGCGCCGGCGGCGGGCCGCGUGGCGCUGCUUCUCAACAUGGUGGGUCCAGGCGAGGUGGACGAGUCGCUGGAGGACGAGGUCGCGGACGAGUGCGCGACCAAGUACGGCCCGGUGGUCAGGGUGGUGAUUUUCGAGGUGACCACGCCCGGCGUGUCGCCCGAGGAGGCGGUGCGGAUUUUCGUGGAGUUCAAGAAGGAGGAGGACGCUGCUCGCGCAGUGGGCGAGCUGCAGGGGCGCUUCUUCGGGGGCCGGCAGCUCCGCGCCACGCUGUUCGACGAGGGGCGCUACAACAGGCAGGAGUUCGCGCCGUGA